GGUAACACUAAAAAUAAAAAAAGAAUAAUUUCUACAGAGAUCACUUCUAAAAAAUUGUUACUACAAAAAUUUUACGAUGAAGAUAUGUUAAUUAAGUUUAACUUUCAAAUUUUAUGUUUAUGACUAUGUGCGCGACGCAUAAAUUCUUUUCGAACACACGACGCACGCGCACUCUAUACAUCUCGUGUAAUGGAAAUGGCCGAAAGGGGAACCGACGAACCGUCAACCGGGCGGGAAUGGGCGAACGGCAAACCGCCAUUGUACAUUACGUUUCGUUUAUUUUCUGAUUUUAUAGUGAUUUGUUAAUUGCGUUUAACCCGACCUGUUUGUGAGCCAGAAAUUCCAUUCGAUAUUCUACGUGGUAAGUGAAUAUGAUGUUUUUUCUGCUCUGUUUAAACGUUAAAUAAUGGAUGCAAGCAGCAACAUAACCUCGAAAGUUCUUUUCAGCGUUUUUAUUAUCAGUUUUUGCGUACCUUUUUACUGCUUUGAAAUAUUUUAAUUUUUACUUAAUUCUAAACAUUAUUGUUCUUACUGUUUUGCAUCCCAUUAUUGCAUGCUUAAGACUACGUUAGCUCCGUUUUUAGUUCUACCUUGCAAUGGCGUUUGUUGGGGUCGAAUUUACUGAAAAUGGGACUGUUGGCUUAGUGCAUUCUUCCUGGUUUACUCCUUUUAAACGCGAGGUUUUUUGGCCCCCGUAUAAAACUUCCAACACUUUUAACCGAGCACUCACAAAUGCUGAAGAGCCCGAUCAAAGUAACUGGACAUUGCAUGCGGUGAAACGAUCAUUUUUUGAGUGUGAUGACAUCGAUAAGGCUAGGAAAAAACUGAAGAUUUGUGAAGUAACAUCUGACAUUCAGUCUGAACCAGAAGGGCUUUACCAAGAUUGCAGUGGCAAAAGGAGCGCCAGAGUAAGAAAACCACGAGUUGUGUAUUCAUCGGACAGUGAAGGUGAAGAGGCUCGUCAUAAAUCUCUCCCAAAACCACCAGCUUUCCAGCAACUGAACUUACGCAAACCUGAUCCAUCACAGUCUCGGUCAUCAAAUAAUGGCAUCGUUGUCCACAGUAUAACUCCUGUUGUUGCCAGGACCGAACAUAAUCGGUUACCUACUCCAGUUAAUGCAGAACAUUUAAAUGAAAAUGCAAGUUUGAACCCAGGAAAUGUGGAAAAGAUUUUCCAGGAAAUCAAAAAAUUGAGGGAGGAAUUAAAAGAAAUAAAAGCUUUUAUUAAGCAGUCACGGAAUGCUGAUGUUGCUGCCUUACCAGAUGACAUUCCUGUGGAGUUUCCUUUGAAUGCUGUUGCUCACAUGCAACGGCUGGAUGAAUAUUUAUCAGCAGAGGAUAAGCGUAAUAGUUUGGUAGUGUACUUGCAUUAGUUUUUAAUAUUGUAAAACAUGUUUGUUUUUUAAGGCUUUGUACUUGUCUUCAUUGGGUGGUUCUGGAACCAUACCAAAGGUCAACAAAAUUUUGAGAUUUCUCAUGACAAAUAAUUUAGCUACGCAAUAUAAUUUUGUGGGGCAGAGGCGUAACAAGAUUGCUUUUGGAAGUACACAACUGCAAAGUGUAAUCAUUCGUGCUGUACAGAUCAAAUCUCCUGCAACAACACAAUCAGAAAUAGAAAGCGCAGUAAAAAUUUGGCUAAAACAUUCCAAGCAAAGAAUGGAAAAGAGGGGGGUAUCUGGAAAUCAGUGAGACUUUGAUUAUAUUUUUUAUAAUUUUUUAUUUAUGUAGAAUUUGUUUUUUAUUUGUGGUAUUUUAAAAUGUCAAAACGAAAAUUAAAAGAAUUUGUUGGUCGUAGACAGCAAUGCAGAAGGGCUUUGCAAGCUACUAAACAGGAACUUGAUUAUGUUUUACGUAAUGAUAACCUUGCCAAUAAUUGUGUUGAAAUUGACCAUGUAGAAAAUUAUAGUAACUUAGAAGUAAAUUGUAAUGUAACAAGAGGCAAUUCAUCUUCGUCAGACAAUGACAAUAUUGAUGAGCACAGUACAACUUUUUUACAGUGUACAUCAUCAUCAGAUUGUAGCAAAAGUGAAAUAUCAAAUGACGAUACAAUUUUUAGACAAUUAACUGAAUGGGCCUUAAAACAUAAAAUUUCACAUUUAGCUUUGACAGAUCUACUUCAUGUACUUUCUAUGCACCACCCAGAACUACCUUUAGAUAGUCGAACUUUGUUAGCAACUCCAACUUCAACAUCUAUUUGCCAGUUAGAAACAGGUCAAUAUUGUUAUUUUGGAAUAACACGUUCGUUGAGUAAACUGGUUUCAUUUAUUAAGCCAUUUGAUGACAAAAUUGAACUUAGCUUUAAUGUCGAUGGUAUACCACUUUUCAAAAGUUCUAAAUUACAACUUUGGCCAAUUUUGGGAUUAAUUAAAAAUACAAAUAGCAGUAUAAGACCUUUUGUGAUUUCAGUCUUUUGUGGAAAGAACAAACCAAAACCUAUAGAUACGUUUCUCAAUCCUUUCAUAGAAGAAUUAAGUGCUUUGCUAAAACAUGGGUUUUUUAAUGACAAUAAACACUUCCAAGUAAAUGUGCAUUGCUUUGUUUGUGAUGCCCCUGCAAGAGCCUAUUUAAAAGGCACAAAAUCCCACACAGGAUAUUCUGCUUGUGAUAAGUGUACAGUUCACGGUGAAUAUUUUAAAAACAAGGUAAUUUUUGACAGUUUAAUAUCGCAAAAACGAACAGAUCAAUCUUUUCGUCAACAACUGGAUGAAGACCAUCACAUUUCCUCCACUCCUUUGCUUAAUUUACCAAUAAAUUUGAUCAAAAAUUUUCCUACGGACUACAUGCAUAAUAUUUGUUUAGGAAUUGUUAGAAAAAUGCUUAACACUUGGAUUGGAGGUUCUUUAAGGGUUAGACUACCACACCAAAAAGUUACAACUAUGUCUCAACGUUUACUUGACUUGAAAAGAAGAAUACCGAUUGAGUUUAACCGCAAACCUCGUUCAUUGGAGGAGUUAAAGUAUUGGAAAGCUACAGAAUUUAGAACCUUUUUAAUAUACUUGGGUCCGUUGGUUUUAAAAGAUGUAGUGAAUAAUGCUGUGUAUCAAAACUUUCUAUUAAUUCAUUUUUCAGUUUCAAUAUUAUUAUCUGAAAUACAUAUAAGAAAAUUUGGAAUUGAGUUGGUAAGAAAUGUUAUCAAUGUUUUCAUUGAUCACUCGAAAACAUUAUAUGGUUUAGAGUUCAUGGUGUAUAAUGUGCAUUUAUUAUCACAUAUCUGUGACGAUGUAGAAUGGUUUGGUGUGUUAGAUAAUUUUUCGGCAUUUCCCUUCGAAAAUUACCUUGGGCAGCUCAAAUCAUUAGUGAGGACCUCUACAAAUCCUUUACAGCAGAUUCAUCGUCGCCUUUGUGAACAGGAUUUAUUUAUUUCCCGGUCUUCUAAUCAAAAUUGUGGCAUAAAGUUAAGUUUAGAACAUUCAAAUGGACCAUUGAUUUCUGGUCAGAAUUAUAGAUGGCAUAAACAAUUUACUAAACUUCAUUUCCGUUGUAUUACAUUGUCACUUGUAAGCUAUUGUAAAGCAGACAGUUAUGUUUUAAAUUUUUCAAGAGAUAAAGUUAUUGAAAUUCAUAACAUACUAACAACCAUUGACAACUCAACAUAUAUUAUUGGCAAGGAAUUUCUCGAUUAUUCAGAUUUGUAUUUGUACCCAUACCCUUCAAGCGAAUUGAACAUUUUUGAAGUUCAAAAUUUGUCAGAAUCUUUUAAACUAUGGGCAAUUACUGAAUUAAGUAGCAAAUGUAUUGUUAUACCAUAUAAGCAACAUUUUGUAGCAAUGCCUAUUAUUCAUAGCCUGUUAUAAAUUAGAAAGAAAUUGCAUAGCAAUUUUAUUCUAUCUAAAAAUAUUUGAUAUUUCAAAUUAAUGUAGCAACUAAUGUUUGAUAUUACGUGUUCUACUUACAUUCUCUAAAAAUAUUGUCUGCUUAAUCAUAUAACUAAGAUGGAUUAAAAUGUUAUGCAACUUUUUUUAUUUUUAUCAUAUUAGUUUCUAACCACACAUUUUUUUUUUAUUUAAAUUUGUAUACCGCAUAUGUAUAUAUAACGGUUCUUUAAAUACUAUUUAUGUACUUAUUUUAUAUGUAAGUUUUACGUAUGUAUUUUCUGUUUAUAGUAAACAUAA